UUUUUCAUGUUCCCCAUAAGUGUCAUACCUUCUUGUGAGUAUUAAGGUAGAAUAAAGGAAGCAAAUGACAGUUUCAGAUGGAGUGUUUUUGAUAAAUACAAGUUGUUACAGUGGAGGUUUAUUGUUUCAAUUUUUCUUAAUACAGAACCCACUGCUGCUCCUAUCGAUGUCAAAGCUACGAGUUUGUCUGUAUCAGAGAUUCUUGUUGCGUGGAAACAUAUUAAAGAAAGUCUAGGAAGACCACAGGGAUUUGAGAUUGGUUACUGGAAAGACAUGGAACAGGAGGAAGCAGCAGAAAAGGUGAAAACUGCAGGAAAUGAGUCAUCUCUCCUUCUGACAGGGUUAGAAGGAAAUACGUUAUAUCACCUAACUGUGAGGGCAUACAAUGCUGCAGGGUAUGGACCACCUAGCACUGCUGUGCGUGUAGCAACCAAGAAGUCCCCUCCCAGCCAAGCACCAAGUAAUGUUAUGUGGAUACAGGACGGUUCUCAUGUGUCUCUUGGAUGGGAGCCAGUCAGACCUCUAGCUAAUGAAUCUGAGGUAAUGGGAUACAAGGUGUUACUUAGGCAAGAAGGCCAAAGCAACAGUCAAGUUAUAGAAACACAGAAAACUUCUGCGGUGGUAAUUCUUCCUGAUGUUGGUGUCUACAUUAUUGAGGUCUGUGCAGUCAGUGAAGGAGGCGACGGGACUGCUAGUCCCCAGAUUAGAGUUCCAUCUUAUGCAGGAGGUAAAGUAACAAGUGCUCAGUCCACCUUACAUAUCUUCUCUACUUCCUCAUCCUCUGUAACAUUGCUUUUGGUACUCAUGGUUCCUUCAACUUCAUGGUGAAGACUGCAGACUUUGUUGUUGUUGCUAUUUAUUUGCUUUAGCUUGAUAACAACAACAGAUGGAGUUUUAUGUCUGUGGAGCAACAGGAAACCCAAGCUAAUGCUUAAAGACCCAUAGAAAUACCUGUGGUGCACUUAGAGGAGUGUUGGAGACACAGUCAAAAAUUCAUCAGGUUUUUUUCUCUUAAGUUUUUGUAAAAGUCCUCUGGGAAAGGGGACAUUUCUUGGCCCAAAAAUAUGCAGAUUGUAUGUAAUAAACUUUUGUAAGCAAAUGUAAUUUCUGUCAAAUGUACUUUACUUUUAUAAUAUGUUAAAUUUUGGUGACCCCAGUUAUGUAUCAUUAGGUGUUUAAACAAUGGUGUCUAGUACAGUACAUCUGUUUGGUUCAGAAAAAACAAAACAAAACAAAACAAAACAAAAAAUACAAAAAAAAAAACACCAACUUUCUUUAAGUAGAGAAUAAAGUUUGAUACAAGUUCGUCUAACACUUCUUGCAUUCCACAUGGUUUGCUAUUCUUACUAACAAGAGAGAGAGAAAAAUAUAAUUGACAUAUAUAUGCUUUGCAAAAAUACCAAGAGUUUGUUCUUAAAAUACAUAAAUACACAUUAAAAUAGAAAUAUAUAUAUAUUGUCAAUACAAUACUAGACAGAACAUUCAAAAAGUGGCAAAAUGGAGUUGAAAAUAAGCCAUUUGUUUUAUUUUAAGAUAAACUGAAACUAAUUGAUUAUAAACUUUAAAGGAAACAAGUGCCAUUGUUUUUCAUCAAAUACUGCAUGAUUUAAUGUCAAAGCAAUCAAGUAUUUAUUUUCAAUAGGAAAUUAAAAAAAUAUAUUCUAAUGCAUAUGGCAAUGAAAACUCCACUGGGCGUUCAAAUGUGAUAUACACUAGGCUGCUAAGUGGACAAAUAAAGCAAUCCAAGAAGAUAAAGCUACUUUUUCCAACCACUUCCUUCUUUGUUUUUCUUCUGGGCCCAUUUUAUUAGAUAACAUUCUAUACUUCAUAUAUUUGGUAGUCCAGUUAAUGCAUAUAUAAAGACAUAUAACAGAGCAUUAAUAUUUUGGAAUGUAGUCAUUCACACAUACAUACUAUAGCAGGAUAAAUCUCAGAGAAUAGUGUGUUUGAAAAAAAUGUUUGUAUAAUUAUCAGUGAACAUUAUUCCAAUUAUUUUGUUACCUAGAACUAUUUCUAUAGCUCUAUAGAUAAAAUUAUUCUGAUAGGAAUUGUGUGCUAUCAGUUCUAAUCCCUGCUUUUGCUGUCCAAAACCUUUUUUCACUCAAUACAAAAUUUGGACAAUUUUUCUACAUGUGAAGACGUUUCCAUAUAUUGGCACCUGAAUCAAAAUGAUCCCCAUUGUAUAUGAUGUGCGUGUUUGUACAGUUAAGGUACCAUGUGCUGUUACGAGGGAUGGUUUUUUAGCAUGAAUGUCUAGCUACUGUGACAAGAAUGAGCACACUUCAUCUGGGAAAAAAAUUGAAAGCGUUUAAGAGGCAAGUCUUAAUAGCAUAUUUCUUCUAACUGCCCAUCCUUCUAAAAAUUUUGAUGCAAAUGUGUUUUGGUUUAUAGGUUCUGUGACAAAAAUGCUAUUAUUUUGCCAGCUCACUAGCAAAAUAAUAUUUGGAAUUAAGAUGGUAUACUCCAAUUAUGCCCUUUCUUAGUAUCUUUAAACUAGUAGCCAAGGAAGUGCAAUGCUUGCUAGGUUAAAAUCUGACUGAUGACUACAUUUCUUUUGAAUAUUUAACACUGGAAUUUUUCAGAGACAAUUCAACUUGAUCCUUUAUUACUUUAUUUGUUGGUGGAGAUUGGAUAUUAGGAGAAGGUUCUUCAUGGAGAGAGUGGAACAGGCUUCCCAGACCAGUGGUCAUGGUGUUGAGGCUGCCGAAGUUCCAAAACUAUUCAGAAAUGCUCUCAAAAUAUGGCUUAGUUUUCAGGUGGCUCUGUGUGGAGUCAUGAGUUGGAUUUGAAGAUUCUAGUGAGUCCCUUCCAACUUGGGAUAUUCUAUGAUUCUGUCACUCUAUGACACCCACAAAUAUUAAUAAAUAAAUAAAUAAAUAAAUAAUCUGAAGAUGUAAGCUUCAAAUGUACGUAGUUAAAACUAGGUAAGCAAGGGUGAGAUAAUGAGCUGAGCCCAGAAUGCUGUACAGUUACAAACAGAAGACCUGCUUGUAUCCACCCCUGCUUGUAGGAAAGCCUAUGAGGUGAAAGUCAGGAAGGUGGAAUGCACCAAAUAAUAAGCUCACAGGAAAUAACUACCUGUUGUGGUUUGCAAAGCAGCAGCAUUGCUACUGAGCAGAGAGCUUGCUCUAGCAACCCAUCAUUCUUCAAAAGGUUAAAAUGAACAAGAAUGAAGUGAUGAACCAAAAAAUAAAAAGGCUAUUUUAUAAAUUUACUAAGCAUAAUUUUGUCUAUUUUUUAUACAGAUGCUUGCCAAUCCAGUAUGUUUCAGAAUAUUCAAGAAGGCUAGAGUCACUCCUGGUGACAGUUUAGUUAAUUUUCUGAAUACAAUAAAUGGCUGUGCUUAAUAAGAAUGGAGGUCCAAUGAGGAGAUAGAGCUACAUCUAGCUAUAUCUCAAUCUCUAGUACAAAAUGCAGAUAGAAAUACUGACGUACCAUCAGGUAAUGCAUUUGUAAUGCAGGGACAAAAAAGGAAAUGUUUUAUAUUCAACAUGAACAAAAUAUGUUUAUUAAUAUAUUUAGAUGCAAAAUACAUGUUUUAAAUGUUUCAGUACCUAUGUAUUACACAUUUGUUACUCUGUAGUAGAAUGUUUCCUUAUCAUGACAUAUUUUUUAGUUGUAUUGAAGAACUCUUUCCUUUUUCAUGUAAAAGUUUGUAAUAGUGCAGUCUAGCAUCAUUGAGGAGACUGUAUUUUUGUAUAAUGCCACAAUAUCUGUCUGGAAAAGAACAACAAUUAAGAAAAUUUGUUUUGCAGUGAAAAAGAAAGAUACCAUCAUGGCCCACAUCAAAAUGUUAGAUAUACUGUAUACAAUCUGUAUAUAUACUAUAUAUAAUGGUAUAUAACACGUGGAAGACACAGUAAUAUAAUAGUUCCUGUGUACUGUUCUUGUAACAUUAGAUCUUUUUAAUAAAUAAUUCUC